ACGGCGCGGGGUGUUAUUCAAGAGUGUUUGUUUUCAAUCAAUAGCUUUAUCAGUAUAAACAUCUCCCAUAAUUCCAAUUCUACAGUAAGUAUUGGUGCGGCCAUUCGCGGAUAGCUAUCCGUUGAAUUUCACACCACUAAGCGGUUAAAAAUAGAUAUAUCAAUUAGGUUUCGUAUUUGACUUAAGUCACCUCUGAGCGAUUCAUUCCAGCCGCUUCGCGCAAAAUGAACUUCGUGCGAAGUGGCUUUUCAGUGCUUGCACACAGCUUCACUCGCCAUUCAAAUUCAACACUCGCGAAGGUCGUGGUGGUGACGGGCAGCAAGAAUAAAACUUAUCACUUCGCUGAUAACAAACAAUCGCUUUCAAGUAUUGGCUCAAUAAGAUAUUUUUCAAAGUCAACCACCAGCGCAAUGAAGUUUGUUCAAUUUAAAACCGGUUCCGAUACCGAACAACGACUCGGAGUUCUAUCGGCUGAUGGCAGUAGUAUUUCUGACAUCUCCGAUAGCUUCUCGGGUGACUUGAUAAGUCUGAUCAAAUCCGGUGCAUCGCUGGAUUCGAUUCAACAGAGAGUCGCGCAAGCUAGCAAAAUUCCUUUGACUAACGUUAAUUUGCUGGCACCGGUCACGAACCCACAGAAGAUUCUCUGCGUCGGCCUUAACUAUAGUGGACACUGCGAGGAGCAAAACAAACCUAUCCCGAAAGAACCGAUGUUUUUCAGCAAAUACGCUUCAACGAUUGUUGGACCUUUCGACGGAGUAGUAGCCCAUAAGAUCACAAAUCAAAUCGACUGGGAAGUUGAACUGGCGGUCAUUAUUGGCAAGAAGGCCAAACAUGUGACCAAAGCUGAUGCCAUGGAUUACGUCUUUGGUUACACCGUGGCACAGGAUAUCUCCGCUCGGGAUUGGCAAAAGACACGCAACGGGGGUCAGUUUUUGAUUGGCAAAUCGAUGGACACUUUCUGUCCGCUGGGUCCGGCUGUGGUGCACAAGUCGCUAGUGAAGGAUCCACACAACUUGGUCAUUAAAUGCUCGGUUAAUGGGGUGGAAAAACAGAAGGGUAACACCAGCGAGUUGGUUUUCAGGAUUGACGAUAUUAUCGAACGGGUUACGCAAUCUAUCACACUAUUGCCAGGGGACGUGAUACUUACGGGUACUCCGGCUGGGGUGGGAAUGCACCGCAAUCCUCCGGAAUUUUUACAACCCGGAGAUGUUAUUGAUAGCGAAAUUGAGUUGAUUGGAAAAAUCAAAAACAACGUCGUUACUGGCUAAUGAGGCUAAGAAUUUGCUUGCCAAAUUUCUAAACAAAAAAUAUAAUAAACUUUAACCAACGAAUCUUUA